AACGUCCAGAUUCAAAAACUGGUGACAGUUAUUUCCAUCUUCUGAGUUUCUGACAUUUUAUAAGAAACUGAAAUUCCAAAUCUUCUCAUUUUUGCUGCUUCCCUUUGUUCUCUGUACUUUUCUCUGAUAUCCAGUUUCAAGAAACUAAAUCCAUGGAGAGGAAGGAGAUCACUGUGUCCAGCUCUACGGCUAACAGGGAGACUGACUCUCCGCUUAGCCAACCAUUGCCUAUCGCGGUAGUAGUUCCUCAGGAGAAGGGGAAGAAGAAGAGAGGGAGGCCCAGGAUGUAUGGUCCAGAAGGGAGCCUAGCAGCGGCUGCCUCUCAGGGCGUUUCCUUACCCCCUUCCGAGUUCGCUAGAGGGCCGCCGGCUCCGCUAGCGACUGGUUCUGGGAAUCAGCAACUGAUUCCCCAUUUUGGCCCAGAAGAGAGCACAUCAUCGGCUUUCUUUCAGGGCUUUGCAACACCAGCUUCUGAAUUCUCUCCGAAGCAGAUUAGAGGGCCGCGGCCACGGAAUUCUGGCGAUCGGAAACCGACUCCCCCUUUAAGUGAAUUGCUUGCGAAUGUAGAAGGAAGAGACUUCACACCGCACGUGCUUACUAUACAUACAGGGGAGAAUGUCGCGGCAAAGUUAAUUUCACUCAUUGGUCCUCGAGAUGUUUGCAUUCUCUCUGCAAAUGGAUUUGUUUCUAAUGUUGCUAUCCGUCAGCCUGGCUCCUUUGGCGGUAUUUUGACAUUUGAGAUAGCAAAGUGGAAAUUGUCCCUUGUACGCAUCAUCUGGUAUCAGAGCCUGGCUUCAAUAGUCUCGCAUUUGCCCACACUGCAAGGAAAAGUUCAUGAGAAGAACGGCAUGUUCUAUUCGGACCCUCAAGCUAUUUAGAUCGAGGGGAUUAUAAGUAAUGACCACAAAUUUGAAACCCACAGAGGCAACUUCGGAAGACCUUGCCACUAUAUGCCAACAAUGUUUUACAUUCGGCCUUGAGGAUAAGGCGACUUUUCAAAUGGAAGGGAAUGUUAUAUGUUUGGUAUGAUAAAUGGGGUCAUGCAUGUAAUUAAAUGUGAGUCCUAGGAAGAUAGGAGACGUUGUGGAGUCAUGGCUUCAAUUAAUAAGAAUUACAAUUGAUUAAGAGUUGCGUGGGUAGUGGAUAGGGAGUUUUUUUAUGUAAAGUUAAUUAGUUUUUAUAAUCCCAACCCUAUUAAGUUGGGAUAUGGCUGAGUAUGUUGUUUUAUUAGUUAUCAUAACUGUAUUUAAUACUUUAAAUUUGUGGCAAUUUAAUGGAAUAGAUAGAUUUGAAUAAUAAUGUGUUCCUACGAAUACUCUUUA